AUGGGAUCAUUUGCUAUGAAACCCGAUAUUAGCGUCGUGGAAACCACAGCGCCUGUGCCUAUACCUUCAUCUGAACUCCCGGCCUCAAGCUCCCCAUCCAUUACGUUGGUGCCGGCAACUCUUCUUGAGCGAUAUCAAUGCUGGCAUAUUAAUUCUCAUUCCUGGCGAGGCCCAUUAUCUACGGAGCAGUAUAUCAGCCGUGAAGCCUUUCUAGAGCAUCAACUUUUGACUCGGGAAGGCAAGAUCACAUACUGGAUCUUGACAGACACAUUUCUGUCUGUGGGAGCAGAUGGGGCAAGACCCAUCCUCGCAGCCUGCGAGACAUUACGCAAAGAGGGAUACCUAGGCCGCAAUGGCAACCUCCGAAAACUGGUGACCCAUGGAGUAGGAUCUGUUUUUUGCAGGAAGGAGUACCGAGGUCGAGGAUAUGCUUCGCGUAUGAUGACGGAACUGGGGAAGUCGCUGGAGACUUGGCAGCAAGAAAAAGGCACGAAAGCAUCCUUCUCGGUGCUAUGGUCAGAUAUCGGGCGAUCUUUCUAUGCAGCCCACGGUUGGAAGGCGAUGUCUAACACGCGUAUCUCACUGCCAGUGGUCUCCGGGCAGAAUUCCCUUCAGACUCAAAAUAAACCGGACUGCUCCGGUGUCCGAGACUUAAACGCUCAAGAUCUUCGGGAUAGAAUUUGUCCGAAAGCAAUCGCUAUAUUGGAGACAAAUCUACGACUGCGCAGUGAGCACAGACCAAAUAUACCACAUAUAGCUAUUCGUCCAGACUAUGACCACAUGGAAUGGCAGCACGCCCGAGAAAACUUCCAGGCGAAAACACUUUUUGACAGGGACCCGAAUAUCAAAGGUGCCGAAGACCUUGCCACAGGGUGCGCCUUGAUAUGGUGUCGUGUAUGGGGGGAGGUUCCCCAGAACAACAAGCUUCAUAUCUUGCAUACCGUAAUACCAACGGAUGUUAAGGGGGAUGCCAUUAGCAGCAUUGCUGCACUUUUACUGAGGGCUCAAAUGGAGGCAAAGACAUGGGAUAUGCACGGAGGGGUGGAACUGUGGAGUCCGACGCCAGAUGUCGUUAAUGCUGCACAGUCUCUGGCGGGAAUAGAAAGAGUACAAACAACAAUCAGGGACAAAGAAUCUGUUUGCAGUUUGCGAUGGAUCGGCGGCGAGGGUGAGGAAGUGGAGUGGGUUGCUGAUGAGAGAUAUUGUUGGUGUUGA